UUGCAAUUGAUCAUCGACCCAGAUAGUUGGUCUGCUGCUGUCGUCUGCAGUCUAACUGGGUGUUAGUUUUUAAGUUUUUCUUUUUUUUUCAAAGGAAACAUUUACUGCCAUGGUUUGGGAAACACCAAACUCGCGAAUUGGAGAUUAUCCUCCUGAGUACAACCAGAAGGUUCACGGACCGUAUGAUCCAGCUCGUUUCUAUGGCAAACCGGAUACUCCCCUUAGCCAAGUAAAGCUGGGUGAACUUCAAGAAUGGAUCCUUCGUCGCAACUUCCAUCCUCGAGCUGUGGUUCAGUGUGGUAGCCGAGCCAUCUGGCGGUGGAGGCAGAAGUAUAUGCUUCCCAUCAGAGGUAACGCUUGCUGGGUGUACCAGGCUAUGGCUGGCAUUUCCCUUUUCAUGUAUGUCCUGAACUACAAGCGCUACUGGGAUCACGCCAACUACAAGUACCACUAAACCAAAACUCUAUGCUGCUGGAAUCAUGCUAGCUACAAAUACCACCAAAGGACUUUCCAAAGCAAGAUAGUUGAUGUGUCAUCAAUUUUUAGAUUGUUUUCUAGCUCAGUGACAAAUUGCUUUAAUUUUUGCAUUUAUACAGUAUUAAUUUUUAGUUUUAUUAGUGCUAGAGCCAGAAACCUUUGUUAUUAGUUUUAUGCUUCUGCCUAAGUGAACAAGAAAUAAAAAAACAUAUGUCUUAA